AUGGGAAAUCUUCCAGCCGAGAGACUCAAGCUCCUAUCACCACCGUUCACAACCAUCGGGGUUGAUCUGUUUGGCCCAUUUCUACUGAAGUAUGGCUGUAAUAAAUCCAUCAAGGCAUGGGGAGCAAUAUUUACAUGUGGAACUGUUCGUGCAGUUCACCUAGAGAUUGUGGAGAGUUUGUCCACCUCAUCGUUUCUGCACGUGCUCAGACGAUUUGUUGCUCAUCAUGGCUGGCCCACAACGAUCAUUUCUGACAAUGGAACAAAUUUCAUUAGUGCAGAGAAAGAACUGAGGAAGCUCAUCAUUGAAGGUCGAAAACAGAUAGAGGAAUUCGCCAUUCUCCACAAAGUCAACUGGAAAUUCAUCACCCCACUGAGUCCCCAUCAGGGAGGAUUUUAUGAGAGUUUGAUAAAACAAGUGAAAAGUGGUUUGCGCAGUGUUGUAGGACAACAGGUACUCAGUUGGAAUGAAAUGUCAACUGCCUUUGCAGAGGUUGCAAGUUUGGUGAACACCAGAGCUAUUGGAUACUCCUAA